AUGAGCGGCGAGGAAUUGGCGCUGAAGACGCAACUGCUGUUGCAGGAGGCGACGCAGAUCACGCAGCAGGCGGCUGUGGAGAGUGUGGUCGAGAGUGCUCGCGCUCCACCACCAGAGUCCGAGUACCAGGCCGCAAAGAGCGCGCUCGUAGCCAAGUUGCGCAAGAAAAAAGAGGCAAACCGAGCACACCACCAGCAACUCAACCGGCGGCGUCUAGGGACGCAGACGCCGCAGUCCACAGUCAAGAAGAAUGAUAUAUUCUCGCCUCGCAAGGCGAUGAGGCUAGCGGUAGCAACCACGGCGUCGGCAACGUCGCGUAAGAAACAGGACAUGCUAUUCAAACUAAGGACGCAGGCCAUUCAACAAGGCGCACAGAGUAUGGCCGAGUUCUUCGGACACGCGACCUAUGAAGACCAUUUGAAGGCUAUAAACGAGGAGGAAGAGAAGAAUAUUCUUAAGAACGAGAAGCUGAAGGAGAAAAUGGAGAAGAACCACGAGGAGCAGGAAAGCAAAGACGAGCACGAAGAUACGGAGCCCAUGGACACUUCGCAGCAGGAGGAGGAGAGUGUCAAGGUCGUGCGUCGGCGUAAUAGGAUCCAGAAACCCGAACCCGCAGCUGAAGAGGACGGCAACGAGGCAGACAGUGAACAGGACGACAAGGAAGGAGCCGACGCAGAAGAGGAGAUGGAGGACGCAACAGACGCUGACAAGGCGGCAGCGUACCGCAACAUGCUGCGUGCUGAGGCCUUGCAGACGCGCAAACGCAAGCGCCUGGUCAAAGGCGGAGACAAGUUCGUCGAGUCGGAAGCCGAGGAAGACGACGAAGAAGACGUUCUCAAGAUCGGCGGGCUGGGCGAUUUCGGUUUCGGCGUGCCGCAAGCAAAGACGCAAGAGUUCAGGGAGGCGGAGGAGGAGCGCAACGCCUUGAAGCUUCGUGAGGGAGAUCUGGACCACAUCGUCGACGAUCUGUCGGACGACGAACGCGCGCAGGAACAGGAUCUGGACGAGAUGUUCCGUCGCGAACAGGAAGACCAGGACCGGCAGCAAGUGAAGGAAGUGAUGCGCAAUGUCAAGGAAGGCUUCGGUCGCAAUCGUCGCGCGUUCUCCGGUCUCCACUCUGGCUCUGGCGCUCGUGGUCGCUUCAAUCUCGACGAGUUGGUGGCUGCUGACGGUAGUAAGUUUGAAGCUGCGCGGUUGGGUUUGUUGGAGUCGGACGAGGAGUUGAGUGAGGACGAGAAUGGCGAGAAGAAGAAGAAAGAUAGCGAAGAGGAAGAAGAAGACGAAGAAGCGCAGAUGGAGCGGAUGCUACGUGAACGUUUCAUGAACCAGCCAAAGAUUUACGUGACCUCGUCCGAGUCUGGUAGUGACAAUGAAGAAGAGGACGAAGCUAAGAAGGACAACGGACCUGAUGGAGACGAAGUGGAGUCGGACGAAGAGCGAGAACGACAGCAGAUGAAACUCUUCUCGGAGCGAGCUCGUAUCAAUCGUCGGAUGCAGCGUAUGAAGGAUCUGCAGCGUCAGAUCGCACUGGAGAACAACGAAGCAGACCCGAAUGUGAAGGCCACUGCGAUGCCCAAUUUGCUGCUGGAAGAGGACGAAGACUCGCAAGAACUGAUGCACAUGAUGAACCGUACUGACGUCGACUCAACAUCGGACAGCAGGGCAAGUUCUGGAACAGCUCAGAAGAAGGCGAGGACAGAUCGAACUCGUCCGAAACUCGGUCGGCUCAACUCGUACGGUGGUAUCACGUCGGCAUCUCGAGGCUCGUCGUCGUUUAGUCGCGUGAUCGGCCAGUGCAAACUCUUCAGUGCCAACUCGGUACGUGGUGGUGCAUCGUCCAAAGGUUUCGUGUUCACUUCGUUCAGCUCGGAUAAGGCUGAAGACGGCGAUGAGAAUGCUGUGCCGAACCAGGAUGAGGUUACGUCGACGACCCGUCCGGAACUUGGCAAGAGCAAGAGCUGGAGUGGCACAAAGAAUGCAAAACGACGCGGUGCACCAGGAGCUAAUGGCAACACAACGAGCAAGAUGCGCAAGAGCGGUGGUCUCUUCUCAGUGCUCUCCUCGUUUCAAUGCGUGUCUAGCACAAGCCAAGACUCAGGAGUGUAG